AGAAAAGUACUAUGAUUAAGUUAUUGGAGUAAAAUUUAUUGAUUUUAUUCAUGACAUAAAUUAUAAAUUACCUGGGGCCCUUUAUUUCUUAGACAAAGAAACUUAUUUGUAUCCAAACAUUAACAUCUAGUAUUAACAUCCAUCAGUUUGUUGUGUCUAAAUUUGUAGUUGUGAACGAAUUUUAAGGAUAAGUUCUAUUUUUUUUUUUUCGUUUUUGUCCCCUAAAGUCUCUCUACCUACAAAUACGUCAAAUUAAACCAUAUAAGAACCUCAGGUGUUCCUUUGAAGAGAAAUAGAAAAUGGGUUUCACCAAUUUGGUAAUAGCUCUAUGUUUGGUGGCAUCAGCCCUAUCUCCAACAUGUCUAGCUCGAAACUCCCGCGGAGACUACCUUGAUGCACAUAAUGCAGUUCGAGCAGAGGUAGGCGUUGACCCACUUGUAUGGAACAAGACAUUGGCAGACUAUGCCAAGGGUUAUGCAAAAACAAAAAUUAAUAAUUUUGUGUAUGAGCAUUCAAAUUAUCUUCAAUUUGGUUAUGGUGAAUGUUUGGCAGCAAGUCCUCAACCCAACUUCAAUGCCAAAGAUGCAGUGAAAAUAUGGGCAGAUGAGAAGAAAUUUUAUGAUCGUAAAUCAAAUUCUUGUAAAGGUGAUGAAUGUGGGCAUUACACUCAAAUCGUUUGGCAUGACACAAGUCAAGUGGGUUGUGCUAGAGUUAAGUGCAAAAAUGGGCAUACAUUUAUCAGCUGCAACUAUUAUCCCAUAGGGAAUGUUCAAGGUCAAAGCCCUUAUUGAUCAAUUUUUAAUGGUUAGGGUAGAUAUAUGUAUAUCAUCAUUUGACAUAUAUCUGUCAAUACAUUAAUAUAGUGAUGAUAUAAAUUUUCUUUUAAUAUUUAUAUAUUUUUAAUACGAACUAAUUAUUGUUAUUAUUUUGAUUA